AGUGUCGUCAGGAGCGGAGAGGGGGCCCACAUCCCAGACCGGAUUGACCGGACUCCACCUGUCGAGAACCGGGAGCUGUGCUUGGUUUCUGUUAGUGGAUGUCGUGAGCGAAUGAUAGCAGCGCGCGCAGACACAGGACGGCACGAGCCCCGGCAGGAGGAGCCGCCACGAACCGCAGCAUCACAUCACCGAGUGACUUCGUGAGUCCAGCCCGGGGAGGAGACACCAUCUCCCGCUGCAUGCUUCUAUCCGCAGUGCCUCAGCCAAGCAGAAUGUCAAGACAGCAGCAGCAGCAGCACCGGACGCCGUUAAAACUCACCGACAACGUAGUGGAGGUCAAGAGUAAAUUUGAGGCAGAAUACCGUCGCUUUGCACUCAAGAGAAAUGGCCCAGGUGGAUUCCAAGAGUUCUACCGCCUCCUCCAAACCAUUCAUCGCAUCCCAGGUGUCGAUGUGCUGCUGGGAUAUGCAGACGUCCAUGGAGACCUCCUUCCAAUCAACAAUGAUGACAACUUCCACAAAGCUGUGUCAUCAGCUAAUCCACUGCUCCGCAUUAUUAUAACCAAAAAAGAGGAUGACCCUGUCGUCUUUGCCACCAACUCUCUCCAGAGGCGUAAAAAGGGACUCGGCUUAACUGGACUGCGCACUACAGGCUCAGGCUCCACCCACUCCAAGAACAAAACAGGCCUCAUGAUUGGCCUGCCGCAGAACUUCAGACAGAUCUCAUCCAUCAUCGAUGUAGACAUCUUGCCUGAGACACACCGACGGGUACGACUCCACAAGCACGGUACCCACAAACCACUGGGCUUCUACAUCCGUGAUGGGGUGAGCGUGCGGGUGACACCACAGGGCGUAGAGAAGGUUCCAGGGGUAUUUAUAUCUCGUCUGGUCCGUGGGGGACUAGCAGAGAACACAGGGCUGCUGGGUGUUAACGACGAGAUUCUCGAGGUGAAUGGCAUCGAUGUUGCAGGAAAAUCUUUGGAUCAGGUUACAGACAUGAUGGUGGCCAACAGCCACAACCUCAUUGUUACAGUGAAACCGGCUAACCAGAGGAACAACGUUGUGCAUCGUGGGAGUAAAUCCUCAGUGGGAAACUCUGGUUCGGUGGGCUCAGCUGGUUCUACAGGUUCUGCUCUUUCGCAUGACUCACCAAGCCCUGCCUCUCAGAGCAACCCCAUUACUGCGAGCAACAGCAUUGCUGAGGGCGACAGUGAUGAUGAAGAUGAUGACGCCGACCUCAUUUUGGAGAAUGACUGCCUGACACCCUACGACUCCCACAGGGUAGCUAACAGCAACAGCACUAACCUCAACAGAGACUCACCUAGCAACAGGCCACACAACUUCGCUGUCGGUAGGCCCUUCCCACAGAGUGUCUCAUUGCCUAACAGCAUCGGAGCAUCCCUGAGUGACAGCUCUGUGAUGAUGUCCAAUCACAACGGAAACCCUUCCCACACAGCUAGUAGCAGUGAAGAAAGCAUGAGAGAGGAUGGCAACACAAUAACACUGUAACCAUGACAGCAAAUGAUACACUGACUGUAACAAAUGGAUUAUGGAAUGUUACAGUCACAGUGCUGGAACCAUGACGAUUCCAGAUAAUUGUGUCAGAUGACAGACUCAGCAGCAUCUUUUCUUCUCAAGGUUCUCCCUGUUGAUCCCCUGUAAGUUUCCCUUUUUAAAGUAAAGGGAGAUGUGGACAGGUUAAGUAGACUGACAGGACCGCACAAACCUUGUUCAGAACAGUCUGAAUUUUUUACCUCUUGCCAGCCUUCGUGGAUCAUUUCCUGAGGCAAUAUAUACAGCUGAAUAGUCAAGUUCUGUAAGAUAUAUAUAUAUGUAUGUGUAAACACACACACACACACACACACACACACACACACACACACACACACACACACACACACACAUAUAUAUAUAUAUAAAAAUUCAAUUGCUCCUGCAAAAGCCAUGUCAGUUUGAUGUCAACAAGUUAAGAAAAUGUCUGUAUCCAAAAUUGCUUGUGAAGUACUACAAAACCUGCAAACUUACUGGUGCACCAAUCAGAUCAUCACUAAUAACUGCAGUUUAACUGGCCUGCUGAACAACCCAAGACAAUGAAAGAUAUAUAGUCAAUAUACAAUAUAGUGUUAAACAUUAAAGAUUCAAUUUUCACAGCAGAACAACUGUCAGUUUAGUAGCUCCAUGAUUUUGAUAUCUUUGUCUGUCUGUGUGAUAUUUUGACACCCAGUGCACAGGACAUGGUGCACAGAUGGAAGCAGAGGUGUGAGGGUCAUUCAAAAAGAAAAUUGUUGGUAUUUUGGUGGAAAUUCGAUAUUUGACUUAAUGCUACAAAUAGAUGACUUAGAACUAUGUCUGUGUCUAGUGCAGCUUUACUCUACUACCACUUGGAUGAUUGAUCAACAACAGCAAGUUACACACUAGCAGCAAAAGCACAACAGUAACUGAAUAAAGUGCUACUUGCCGUACAACCAUUGCAUUUAAUUGGUGUAUGAAAUAAAGGUUCAUUAUGAUAAAAACAGAAACAUCAGUAAAUCAGUCUAAAUAAAUAUGUAUAAAUUAAUAUGGUUGUUUAAGCUUCUUCUUUAGUUCAAUAAACACCUGCAACCUCUGAAGGCAAAAGGACACACUUGUUAAUAAACUCGAAGCCUCUGAUAGCAGAAGUGUAUCACCAGAGCACAGCUCCUUCAGUGUACUGAGAGCAGUGAUGUGAUUGGCUAAGAGAGUAUUUAUUAAUCACCACACCCUCUUUGUUUCUAUAUAUAUAUUGCCAUUCCUGUCGCACAUUCAUGAAGCAGAAUAGCAAGUGGAAACAGCCAAGCAGUUUGUACACAGAAGAUAUGCCAUACCACACUGGUUGUAGCACUGAAAUAGUGCAACAACCAAUGUAAUUGAAUGUAAUUUCACUAUAAAUCACAAAACAUGAUCUACUUGCCAUUUUUAUUUUCUUUUUUCAUUUCUUGUAAUUAUUCAGAUUUUUUUCCAGCAAAUAAUCGCUACCUUCUUAGCAGUUUAACUUAAAGCUUAAAAAAUUUUAAGUAACAUUUUUGUACAUGUAAUUCCACAGCAAAAUGUGCUGGAUUAUAGUCAAAAAUGUGGUCAGUUCUACUAUGUUGUAAGGCUAAGAUUUUGCAUUUAUGAUCAAGUACAAGUAUACGAACACAGUCGCUUAUAUGACUUUUAGAACUAUUACAGAAUAAACAAUGAGAAGGGGCUGGAAAGGCAUGAUUUUUAUAUGAUGUUCAUUCUAAAUUUAUUAAUCUAAUAAGCAGAGACAUCAGUUGCAUCUUAGGCCAAACAAAAUACAGAAACAUGUCGUCAAGCAUCAGUAUCAGGCCAAAUAAUAAUAAUUCCUGUCAUGUGGAAUGCUCCUGUGCUGUUAUCUGGCUCAUACAAGCCUGUGAUUGUGUUUAGGUGUGUAUGUCUUGGAGCUCUGGGAGUAUCCUUACAAUCAGAAAUGCUGGAUGAUUUUGUCACACACUGCGUGCUUUCAUUUCGUCACAUGCUAUGUUUCACAUUUCACCAAAAUAUGAUUAAUCUGAAUAUCAAACUGAAAAAACUGUCAGAAAAUAAUCACCUAUAUAGCACACAACAGGAAAUGUACAAAUCAUCAUAAAAUCUCUUCGGCUUGGCCUUGGCUAAUGCUGCAGCUGCCGCUAUCUUGUUUGUUGCACUAUCUUACUGUAUUCUCUACUCUUCAAAAUUAAAUUAUAAUCAUCUGAUUAUAAAGUUUUAAAAUGCUUGAAAUUUUAUAAAGAGUUUAAUUGCGUCUAACAGCAUGUGCUUAGCAGCCUCUGAUAGUCUAUCAGAGGUCCUCAACCCUGUUUUUGUUGAUAGAUGCAGCUUGUCCUAUCAGCACCUUUUGCUCUGUGGAAUAGUGUGACACCAAUGGCAAGAUUGUGCAGCACGUCACUCCUGUAUAGUACAUGUUCAUGUGCAAGCUCCAUAGUGCUACUAGAAGUCAAGGGCUAAAGAGGGAGCCUAUAAUACACUGAAAAGACUUUCAACUGAUUAAUUCUCAUGAAUCAACUUUUUUUUUCAGUCAUCAAUGAACCAUGACAAUUUGUUACUAAGCUGUUAGUUUGUGACAGAGUCCAACAAUUUAUGGCCAACUGUUCAUAAAAGAAGAAAAGACAAGAAUUGAUUGGCCAAAACUUGAGUCUGCUCUGACCCCCAGACAAACCUGCUCUCUCACAGGCAGGUCAAGCGACCACUUUUUCCGAUCCUGCUUCACUGAUACAUAUCGCACAACUGCCACAGAUUCAUUGUCAUUUGUCACCUGUUCCGUAUUUUUCACAGCUGAACCAAAACAACAGAAUUAAAGUUGAAUACUGAUAGGUUUGUUCGCAUUAUAUUUAUCUGAGGCAGUCAAAUUAUUUACACAGUUAUGUCCAACAAAUGGAUGCUAUCUUGUGUGUGUACAGUACAGCCUGCUUUAACUACAGUAUAUCCUGCUGUGGCAAUGUAUUGUUCAAAUUACAACUAAAAUGUGGGUUAGGCUGCCACUGAAGGCAGAGAUACCAAGUAGACAUCUGUAAUCAAACCUUUAAUAUCAUUCAAAUGAGGUACUGAGUUUGGAAAUAUAUCCCUUGAUGCUAAACCAACAUAAAUUGUCAGCAGACCACAUGAAUUUUUGCUGAACAUGCUGCUUGGUAAGAUACUUCUAGAUGAAAAGAAAAACACGAGUGCUCAAGUUUACCUUCCAAGUCCACUGAUGCUGUUCAGCAGCCAGGAAGAAAAAAAUCAAGUCUACUUGACAUUAAUAUAUCUUUUCACACUUUUAUGUCAACAGCUGCUUAUUGCACACACACACACACACACACACACACACACACACACACACACAAAAGACACUCAAAAAUUCUUCUUAAUGUAUGUUAUUGUAAAAUAGAAAUGUAAAGAUAAUAUCUGUAUUGUCCUAUAACAAAGUUUAAGCAGAUUUUCAUUACCUGAGAGAUUUUAUGUAAAUUAACAUUUUAUAAUACGUGUAAAAUAUGGAGACUAUUUUUCUUAUUCUUGUACUUUUCAAUUGUGUAUGAGAGGAGACAGAGGACUAACAUGAACAGUAUGUAUGAGGUAGGUUGUUCUUAUUGUGUUAUUAUUCACAAUGUUUUGUUUGUUUUUAGCAAGUGUGAUUUUAACAGCCUAACUGAACACGAGUGACGUCUUUUCUAGAGGCAGCAAUUCCACAUUUAUGUUAACCAAAAUUUAAUUACAUUUAAUUUUUCUGAGUGCAUGCAUAAAUGUUCCAUGUUCAUAAUGAAAAUCCAGGAAUGUUCCGAAAAUUAAGUAGCAUUGGUGUGCAUGUCAGCACAGUCAUUCCAAGGGUCACAUAUUAGGUGCUUCUCAUGGCUUGUAACUGUGUCCAUAAUUGUAUUGAUCUUUUGGUGUUGCUGUUGUAUUUUGUGUCCCUUACAACAAGCACAGGGUUUUAUAGUGCUGAGACAAGCACUUAGCCGCUAAUGGUCAUUGUAAGUCAAAUACUAAACAACCUAAAUAAAAUCUAUUGGCCACAUGGUUGGACAAACUGGAUCUCCACCAGGGAUCUCAAAGGUGCCAGACACACUGUCAUGUAAUGUAGGCAUAGUGUUUAAUUGUACAUUUGCACCACAAAAGUACAAUAUAAAAUGAAACAAUGAUGGCCAUGAAAGUGGCUCCUGCAUUUAAACCCCAUCUUAAGGCCCUUUUCUUGUUUAAAGGACUCUGUCAAAUGCAAUUUCAGAAGCUGUAAUAUGUGAUCGAUGUUCAUAUGACAUGCAGUGUUUUCUUCAUUAAAUCUGUGUGUAGCCCAACAAUCACAAACUAACUUAGGGAAGGAUGUGGCUUGUGAGGCAACUACUGCUCAGUCUUGCUGCAUGAGCCCUUAGUACAGACCAGCAUUGAAAGAACAUUCUAAAAUUCUUUCCUUGAGUCAGAUGAAAAGAUGACUGUACCUGUUUACCUAGUGCAUAGAUUCAGGAUAUGUUUAUUCUGGCUUAGCUCAAAGAAUAGUCUAUCUCCAACUCCAAAAGUGUCAUAAUUACUGUACAUUCAUUUCCCUUGUGGAAUUCUUGAAGAAAUGGCUAAUGACUCCUGUUUUUUCGUUAAUUUUUGGGCUUCUUGUUAACCAGUCAGUCAAGAUGUAUAAUAAUGGUAUUUGUAUGAACCCUGAAAAGUAAAAUUUUUCAUAAUAGUCAAAUGAUUAAGAAGCAGCCUAAUUAUUUAUGUCAUGUUAAAUAUAUCAAUAAUGUGUUGAGGAAAACAGAGCCUGAAUCUAUUUUAAUAGUUAAGAUCUCAUUAGACAGCCAGUGUCCCCAGACACAGUUUCAUAUAUACUUUCUGUGGUUCUAUCCUUGCCCUGUCUUAGUGCACUCACCUGACUGAAAGAAUUUUAAAAAGCAUGUUGUUGUAUUAUGCUAGUUUCUAAACUACUACGUAUGUUUUGUGUGAGUUAAAUUGGUCAUCAAAAUCAUCUGUGCCAGUGGGGUUUUUUUCAAUCAGUUAUCAUUCAGUCUCUGUACUAAGCUAGGUCAAACACUUUCUAGGUGUAUCUGUACUAAAUGUACAGAGAUGACACUGAUACUGAUUUUCUUUGACUCUGGAUAGGAGCACAAACAAGGAUAUAUCUUAAACCAUUGCAAUGCUCAUUCAGUAGUGAGGAGGAGCUUCAGUCCAUGUAACCUUAAUCAGUUUGAUGCUAAUAAUUGUGAUAAAGUACAUGCAAAAAACUAUAACAUUAAAAUAAUUGUUUUACUAUCUAAAAGGUGGCUAAACUGAGUUCACUUUGGCCCUACCCCAUAGUGCCUCUGGAGGAAAAAUCCACUCUAAGGUAUAUCCCUGAUGCUAAGGCCUGAUACCUGAUGGUAAAGAACCAGUUCAUGCUUGUGAUGAUCAUUUUGCCAAACCCCCCAAAGUGACAUCACUGUUGAAUUCUGUGUUUAGUCUGCUUACAGCAAUACAGCAGGUCUGCUUGGAGACAUUUGGACAAAGAAGAUGUCUUCCUGACUGCACUUGGUUUGAAAAUAAAUAAGUGCCUUUUAAAAGUGA